CACACUGAAUUAUAUCCCCAGUCCUUUAAAAUUUUUUUUGUUUGAGACAGUCUCACUUAUCUAUCUCUCAUAUUUCUGUCAUAUCAUAGCAGUACUUAUAUCUGUCUUGCCCAUCAGACCACAGUCUCCUUGAGGGUAGGCACUCUCAGAAAGCAUUUGUUGAGUAAUUGAAAACCCAUCCCCUCCCCUCAUCCCUCAGCCCAGUGCCCUAGGGAAUGGAAGUGUGGUAUAAGGUAGUUGUCCAAACAAAUUAUAUUAUUUGUAUAGCAGAAGCCUAGCCCUGAGGCCUGAUGGGAUCGAUACCCUCAGCAUACCAUGAACACCUAUUAUCUACUCUUGGUAUACCAACUAGAUAAUGAAGACAUGGGAGUUGCUGGAGGGGUACUAGGCCUAGUGACAUUGGAGUAUUUUAUUCCUGCCUCUCCUCACCUGUUGGAUCCAACUGGGGCUUUUCAUAUAUGCUUUGGAUUUCCCAUCUAAAAUAAGUAUUUCAGGAAUGGCCAGUCCUAGGAAUGAAAGAAGCAACCUAGUCCAGCACAUCAGUAAUUGAUGACUUUGAAUCUUCUUGAAUAUCCCUAGUCAUGGGGAGUUUCCUUCCUCUUCAGGUAACCUGUUCUAAGGCAGCUUAGUAAGUAAUAUUUAGCAAGCUCUUUCUUGUGAUUAGCAUAGAUUUUUUUUUUUUCUUUUUGGUACCAGGGAUCAAACUCAGGACGUUGCACUUGAGAGGCAGGUGGUGGUACCACUGAGCUAAAUCCCCGGCAAGCAUAGAUUUUCUUCCUGGUGAUUUCUACUCUGUACCUGGCUCUGCUUUGAUAGCCAUAGAACUGCUUUCUCCUCAUAGCUUUAGGUCAGCCCUGCAGAGACAAGAAGGCAGUAGUGCAGAUCCUUGAGUCUGUUUUAGGAGGCAUAGCUCUGUUCUCUUUAGGCAACCUUCACAGGACAUGGUCUCCUCUUCACUCUGAGUGUACCCUUGGACUUGACUCAGUCAGUAACUAUCAUUUUUUCUGGGCAUAGGAUUCCAGGUGCUCUGGGCAGUAUAGACAAAAGCAGAACUGUUCAUUGCUUUUACUGGCAGUUAGACCUCAGCUGAUGCUCCUGAACUGCCAUUAAGCUACAGGUACAGGCUGGACACUGAUAUGCAAUAUUCAAGCCUUUCCAAAUCUGUCUUGGGUCCUCACUGUUAUCACAGGAUUAGUCAAUUCUCCAUUGGUUUCAAGAUCUAUACCAAACCCUGCUCCCAUCAAAAAGGGUCAGAUCCCACUCUCUCCCUUUUCCUUCCUAGAAACUUGCAUGUAUUCCUGAACACAUCCCUCAAAAAGGUCCCCACCCCCACCUCUGGCAAAGAAACCACAGUGGGCUGACCUCAGCCACUAUCUCUUCUUACUGUUGCAGAGUGUUCCAGGAUUUAUGACACGGCUUGUUGAUCUUGAGAAGGCUGUGUGCCUGGGCAGACAUGGAGAACUGGGCUCUGUGGGCGGGAGGGCAGGGGUUGCGGGUGGGACCCUCCAGGCUUAAAGCAGUCUCAGUCUGGCUAGAGCCUUCAAUCCAAGCUCCACAUUCUUCAGCAACCAGCGCUACUCCCUACAGGAUGUUCUCUGCGGCCUCCCAGCCCUUGGACCCCGAUGGGACCGUGUUCCGGCUCCGAUUUACAACCAUGGUCUGUUGGGUCAUCACUUUCCCUGUGUUCGGCUUCUUCUUCUGCAUCAUCUGGUCCUUGGUGUUCCACUUUGAGUACACAGUGGCCACUGACUGUGGGGUACCCAACUACCUGCCUUCUGUGAGCUCGGCCAUUGGUGGGGAGGUGCCCCAGCGUUAUGUGUGGCGCUUCUGCAUCGGCCUGCACUCGGCGCCCCGCUUCAUGGUGGCCUUCGCCUACUGGAACCACUACCUCAGUUGCGCCUCCCCGUGUCCUGGCUACCGCCUGCUCUGCCGGCUCAACUUCAGCCUCAACGUCAUCGAGAACCUCGCGCUUCUAGUGCUCACCUAUGUCUCCUCCUCCGAGGACUUCACCAUCCACGAGAAUGCUUUCAUUGUGUUCAUCGCUGCAUCACUCAGUCACAUGCUCUUCACCUGCAUUCUCUGGCGGCUGACCAAGAAGCACACAGUAAGUCAGGAGGAUCGCAAGUCCUACAGCUGGAAACAGCGGCUCUUCAUCAUCAACUUUGUCGCCUUCUUCUCUGCUCUGGCUGUCUACUUUCGGCACAACAUGUAUUGUGAGGCUGGAGUUUACACCAUUUUUGCCAUCCUGGAGUACACCGUUGUCCUAACCAACAUGGCAUUCCACAUGACAGCCUGGUGGGACUUUGGGAACAAAGAGCUGCUCAUAACCUCUCAGCCUGAAGAAAAGCGAUUCUAAACCCCAAUGCUGCUGGAAGAGAGCCCACUGUCCAGAAACAAGAAACAACUCUGGCCUUCCCCAUCCGGUUGUUUCCUCUCUAGGCCCUUUCAAAGGGAGGGAGAAGGGCAGAAGGGCAGAGACAAGGCUGACCCCAGCACUGCUGGUUUCUUUUCCUCAACCCCUUCAGAGGCACAAGGGCCUUCAAGUAACAUCACCGUAACUGAGAGGCCCAAGAAGCUAAGAUGGCAGAAGAGCUCCACCACUUGGUGCUAAAACGAAGUCCCAGGGUUUAUGACACCACGCAGUUUUUGGCCUUUAUACACCCACCUUUCACUGAUGUCAGGGACUGCUGAGCAGCGUGUUACCUGAAAACUACAGCCAUCUCUCUCCAGUCACUUGCCCAACCUUUCUAACAAUCUGCUGUGCACAUCCAGGUCUGUGUCUGUAGUCCUGUAAAGAUUGCCCAGGUGUUCUAGUCCUGACCUCACUUUGAACUGGUGUGUGCCCUAUGGUGUGUACCCUAUGGUGUGUACCCUUCCCUAUCUGAACCUCAUUGGAUCCAAAUACAUGAUUUCCAAGGGCUCUGCAGUGUGGCUCUUCUCAUCUGAUGGAGGUGGGGUCUGUACCUGAAGGAUGACCCAUCCCAGAAAAAUCACCAUCACAGCAUGUGUUUCUCUUCAUUUCUGAAAUCACAGGCUUAGACCUUGGGGUGGAGGGGUCAGAGACAGUUCCCUAGACUAAAUGGGCUCCUUGGUGUCCCUUCAUUCUCCCUAAUGCCCCAAAUCUUGAGUUCUUUUGGUUGUACAUUUUAUUUCAAAUAAAAAUAAAUUUUUGUUUUUUACCAAUAAUCUGGGGUAGGCUUGCUAGUCUCAGGAUUCAUAUCCUUGUUUUAUAGGAACUAAAGUAAGGGAUGGACUCUGGAAUGGAGGGAAUAAAUCCCUGGCAGGAUAUUAUUCACACACACAGAGCUUUCAGGUUUAGUCUCCUGAAGCUGGCCUAAACAUCCAUUUUGGUGAGCAGGAGCGACAGCUGUCCCUGUAAUGACUCCAGGCUUGGAAGCCAUGAUACCUGGGGAGUC